UCAAGAUCCAAGCCCUGCGAAGGGCGAAAUGAGAAAUGAGAAGCAGAGGUCCUGCCCAAAGCCGAACCCAGUUCCAAGCCCGCAACCUCCGGCUGCCUCCCGCUUCGGCUCGCGUUUCCAGCAAUGCGGCUCCUGUGGCUUCUGGUGCCUGUGUGGGGCUACAAGCUGGGAGCACUCCAGGCAGACAAUGAAGCUAGGCACGCCUUGAACAGCAAGGCCGCCGAUGCGCUGGCGCAGAUGCUCGAAGAUGAAGACCCGCUGGGUUUCGAGCUGCUGCUGAAGAGACUCUCCGGCGCAGUGGACUCGCUACGAGCCUCGGCCACGGCCGCCGAAGCGCCGUCCACGUCCGAGGAGAAAAACUCAUCGCACCUGGCCAUUCCGAAGAACCUCCUCUUCAACCACAAAGUGAACCUCUUGAAAGCCGAAGCCUUGGACAACCAGUCCAAGCUCCUGCGAGACAACGUGCUACGCACCAUCAAGCUGUUUCCAGAUGUUGCUCCCGCGAACGUGUACUUCUGGAGCGACGAGGAUUGUCAGUCAGGCUUAGAGGACCUGCAGCUGGAGGAGAGCGAGGCGUUGAGCCUCGACUUCGCGACUGAGCAGGUGGGGAUGGUGAAGUCAGACCUGUGCCGCCUGGUCAUGAUGUACAACUUGGGUGGCUACUACUUUGACACGGACAUUUUGCCCGUGAAGGAUCUGCGGAAGCAUCUGGCAAAGGAGACCACCUUCGCCACCGUGGUGGCCGCUGGGGGCCGAAGCUUCUUCCAAGCGUUUCUGGCGGCCAGCCCGAAGCAUCCAGCCAUCCUGGCGUCUCUGAAGGAGUUUAAAACCUGGUACGACCUUUUGCUCCAACCUGGACAGUCGCAGGAAGUGCUGCGAAAGAAAACGGCAGAGGGCAACAUCGGCACUGCGCUGCUGCGCCGUGCUUUCAAGAAGUGGGCGAAGGGCGCUCACGCGAAAGCCCACAUGGUUCAUCCUGAAGGUCAUGUGAGCCAAUUCUUCGUGGAGGACAAGGUGCGGAACUUGAAAAACUUCUCUGGCCUGCCAAAGGCCGUCUCCAGCGAACUUUGUGACUAUGCCGUCGUGGACAAGCUGACCAAGUCUGUGGUCAUGUUCUCUCGGAUCUACGACAAGAUGAAGCACAAGGAAUGCCAAGAAGAGGUACGCCAGGCAAACAGCGGGUAAUGCGCCGAGUUG